GGUCAUGGUCAUGAUGCUCAGGUCAUGCUGGUGGUCGUGUAUUCCUAUCGCCAAGAUAACACACCUUAAGCCUACCUACAAUCAUGAGCUCAGAAAGAGAGACAGAUAUUCGGCGUUUCCAACGUCAUGUCGGUGAAUUUCUCGUAACUCGAUAUCCAUUUUUCUCAGCAUUAUGCCUAGCAUUAGUCUGUUCUGAGAGAGCAUCCAAGGAAACGUAUGAAGGAUUUCCAAGAGAGUACAUAUUUAUCUACUGUCUAUCAAGUCUAAUUGUUGGCAGUAUGAUGGGUUCGAAAACACAGCGUUCCUUGUUUGCACUGAUUGGGUCUGCUAUCUACAUGGUACAUUGCAUCCUAACCCAGACAGCACAUAUAGAUAUGAAUGAAUGGCUAAGAGCUCGUCUUAUAUCCCGUGACACUGCCCUCAUUGGCUGUAACUUUGUCCUUGCUAGCCGUGCCCAUGAAAAUCUGAUACGCAAAUAUCGUCUACGGAACCUCUUCCCUACUGGUUGCCAAAUUCUUGCCCUCCACAUUAUGUUCUACAUAGCUCUACUUUUUUACAGUCCCGAGGAUAAGAAGGCAUUUCUAUCGCACAUAUUACUAGGCAAUAUUCUAUUACCAUUGUAUAUGUGCAUCGGAGUGACGAGUGCGAUAUUACAGAUGUCGAAUAUUAAAGUAUCAACUACAUCGAUGAUAAUCAUCGUCCUGCAUAUAAUCUUGCUAUUUUGCAUUGACUGUGACUUCAAGUACUGGACGUCUCGUAAAGUUGAAUAUUGGACACAAGUUGAGAUUGUUGCCAAAGAUUGUGCCAUUCUUGGUGGCCUGUUGUUGAUAAAUUAUACGUCAAUCUUGAAGAAAAGGUCAUAGUGUUGGGGAUCUCAUGUGUUGAAAUUAGCA